AUGACACAGGGCCUGGGCGUCGGCCUCUCGAUCCUACGCAAAUCGCUGGUGGUAGGCUCAGCAGCGCUCCAACGGCGGAUGCUCGUGACACUAGAACUAAACAACAAAGACAAAUCCUACGAGUGGCUCCUCGCCUGGCUCGCCCACCACCCACCUUCACCCUCCCUAAACCCGCUCACCCGCCGGCUCACAUCCACGCUCACCCGCUCACACAACCUCUCCGUCGAAACCAGCCUCCAAACGCACCCCAACGGCUCCUCCUCCGCCGCAUUCCGCCUCGUCGCCGGUCCGGGCACACACUACAUCCACUACGCCGGGCACUGGAUGCGUCUCUCCCGCGAACGCGACGCGCGCGCGCAGGCGCUCAUGUCCGGCCAGCCCUGGGAGACACUCACACUCACCGCGCUCUCCCCCGCGCGCGCCGUCUUCCCUCUUCUCCUCGCUGACGCGCGCGAUGCGGCGAUGAAGGGCCAGGAGGGGCGGUUGGUGGUGCAUACUGCCUGGGGCACCGAGUGGCGCCCGUUUGGCCUGCCGCGCGCGAAGCGCCCUUUAAAGAGCGUUGUCCUCGCGCCGGGCGUCGCAGAGGGGAUCGAGAGAGACCUGCGCACUUUUCUGAGUCGUCGAGAGUGGUACGCAGACCGCGGCAUCCCCUACCGCCGCGGCUACCUCCUCCACGGCCCCCCAGGCUCCGGCAAAACCUCCUUCAUCCAAUCCCUCGCCGGCGAACUAAGCUACGACAUCUGCGUCCUCAACCUCUCCGAGCGCGGCCUCACCGACGACAAACUCUUCCACCUCCUCGCCAACGCCCCCGAGCGCAGCUUCGUCCUCAUCGAGGACGUCGACGCCGCGUUCAACCGCCGCGCCCAGACGACUGAAGACGGCUACCAAUCAUCAAUAACAUUCUCCGGCCUCCUCAACGCACUCGACGGCGUCGCCUCGUCCGCAUCCGCCCGCCUCGUCUUCAUGACCACCAACCACUUUGCCCGGCUCGACCCCGCGCUCGUCAGACCCGGCCGCGUGGAUAUGGGCGUGCUCAUCGACGACGCGGUGCCGGCGCAGGCGUGUGUGCUUUUCGAGCGGUUUUAUGGUGCUGGUGCUGGUUCUGGUUCUACGUCCUCAGCGACAACGUCCCCGUCGACGCCAUCAACGGAAUCACCCCCACCCACAUCCCCGGACCUCGACCUCGACAUCGCAUCCCUCUCCAAAUCCCUCGCACACACAAUCCAAUCCGAGAUGGACGCAGGCCGGCGCGUGAGCAUGGCUGCUCUCCAGGGCUUUUUUAUCUUGCAUGCUGAGGAUCCGCGGGGGGCGGUUGAGGGGGUGGGGGGGUUGUUUAGGUGA